AUGGCGGCGGCGGCGGCGGCGGCGGUAAGAUCACCGGCGACAUUAAUGAUGAUAUUGAUGGCAGCAUGCAUAGUGUGCAGUACAGCGUCGUACAGGCCUCGCAUGGUGGGUGGUAAAACAGAGAUCGCAAACGUGAGGACAAACAAGGAGGUACAGGAGCUCGGAAGAUUCGCGGUGGAGGAGUUUAACCGGAGUGUGAAAGUACGGAAAGAAGGGGAAGGGGAGCUUAGGUUCGUGGAGGUUGUGGAGGCGCAGCAACAAGUGGUUUCUGGAAUCAAGUACUAUAUGAAAAUAUGGGUUACGCAGGCGAAGAAUGAUGGUGCUGAGAGUGAGGAUUCGGCGAUGUUUGAUUCGGUGGUGCUGGUUAAGCCAUGGCUUUCUUCCAAACAUCUUCUCCACUUUGCCCCUUCUUCCCAAUGA